AUGGCAGCUACAAACAAUGUUACAGAAUUUGUUUUUCUAGGGCUUUCUCAAAAUAAGGAGGUGCAGAAAGUAUGUUUUCUUGUAUUUCUGCUCUUGUAUACAGCAACUGUUCUGGGAAAUCUUCUCAUUGUAGUAACUGUUAAUGUCAGUAAGAAUCUUGGCUCACCCAUGUAUUAUUUCCUCAGCUAUCUGUCUUUUGUGGAGAUCUGUUACUCCUCUACAACUGCUCCCAAACUAAUUCUAGACUUAGGUGUUGAAAAGAAAGGGAUUUCCCUGAAUGACUGCAUGACUCAGCUAUUCUUCAUUCAUUUCUUUGGUGGGACCGAAAUCUUCCUCCUCACCAUGAUGGCCUACGAUCGCUACGUUGCCAUCUGUAAGCCCCUUCACUACACCUCCUUCAUGAGCCGACGUGUCUGCGGUCUUCUGGUUGGGAUGGCCUGGAUGGGUGGCUUCUUGCAUUCGAUGGCUCAAGUUAUCCUUGUAUUCCGCUUACCCUUCUGUGGCUCUAAUGUGAUUGACCACUAUUUCUGUGAUCUGCUGCCUCUGCUGAAACUUGCCUGCAAGGACACUUUUGUCAUCGGCUUGCUGAUUGUAGCUAAUGGUGGGGUGUUGUCUGCGGUCAGCUUCCUGGUAUUAGUCGUUUCAUAUGUUAUUAUCUUACUCCACUUAAAGACACGAGGUUCUAGAGGACGCCGCAGAGCCCUCUCGACCUGUGGCUCCCAUAUCAUGGUGGUGAUCCUGUUUUUUGGACCUUGCAUCUUCAUCUACAUGCGGCCCUCCGCCACGUUUUCCAUCGACAAAAUGGUGGCUGUGUUUUACACUGUCAUCACCCCCGUGUUGAACCCGAUCAUUUACUCUUUGAGAAAUACCGAAAUGAAAAAUGCCUUGAAGAGACUAUGGGUCAUAAAGAUGAAAGGAGGAGAAAAUGAAAGACAAAAUGGGAAGAGGAUUGGUGAUUUGUGA